AUGGUGUUACUGCAAUUGGUCAACCAGUUGGCCAACCCCAGUGUCGGGGGGUUCCAAGGCGGGCUCAAACGGCGACGACUCUUCAUUCCGCCGCUGACCCACCACCCGCUCUUCAGCUACGGCGACGGCGACCAGCGGCUGUUCCUCAGUUUGAUCGAGCAGCUGAGCACCAUAGCGGGCGACGACGAUGCCGCUAGUGUCGCCAGUGUGUCUACAACAAGGUCAUUACCCAGUACAUUGCUGGUGGCCGAUAGUGACCAGGAACUGUUCCAACUGUGGCUCGUUGAGGAGCACGAGCGCCGUUUUGGCGACCGUCUGGACGCUGAGAGUGCUGCUGACGACCGCUACCGUGGCUACGGCGCUUGUGAGCGGCGGCUUUCAGUGUAUUCUCGCCAGCUGGCGUUGGACGACCCCCAUGAGGAUUUGACCCAGCCCACCACUGUGGGCCACGAAAUACGCACGCUAGCCCGCUACGCUACCCCCUUGGUGAUUACGUUCGUGCUAGAACACUUGUUCCUGCUUGUGGCGUUACUUGUGGUGGGGCGAUUGGGCAAAAACGAGUUGGCAGCGGUGCUGUUGGCGACGAUGACCACCACGAUAUCGUUCGGGAUCUUUGAGGGGAUGGCCACAGCUUUGGAUACGUUGUGUCCCCAAGCGUAUGGCGCGGGCCAGUACGAAUUGGUCAGUCUACGCGUCCAGCGGCUGACGGUGCUUGGAUGGUGCAUCUUUGUGCCGGUAGCAGUAUUCUGGUGGUACUCCGACUACGUGUUUCAGUACGUGAUUGAUAGCAAGGCAGUGGUCAAGCUUACGUGUCAAUUCUUACGGAUUAUGGUGGCCGCCGGUCCCGCAGUGGUGUUCUUUGAGAACGGUAAGCGGUUUUUGCAAGCACAGGGGAUCUUUGAAGCCAGUACGGGUAUUCUCUUCGUGUGUGCUCCCAUAAACGCCAUAGCCCUGUGGUACUUGGUGUGGAACCCUACCCACGGCCUCGGCUACAUCGGCGCCCCCAUCGUCGCCGUGGGCAACUUCUGGCUCAUGCUGAUCUUGUUGGUGCUCUACGUGAAGUUUGUCGACGGUAAAGAGUGUUGGUUUGGCCUCGCUCUGGUGCACCAGCUCUUUGAGGAAUGGGGGGUGAUUUUGCGGCUUGCCAUCCCCGGGGUGGUGAUGCUCGAGCUGGAGUACUUGGCUUACGAGAUCAUGACGUUAUUCGCCCUGAUGUUCGGCACCACCGAGCUUGCCGCCCAACUGGCAGUGGCCCUGAUUGUCCUGGUGACGUAUAUGGCGCCGUUCGCCACCGGCAUUGCUGCGCUGACCCGUGUGGCUAAUUUCAUUGGCGCUGAAAACGCCGCCGCCGCCAAAAUGGCGACGAAAGUGGCGAUGGCAGCGUCAGUGGUGGUCGGGGUUAUCGACUGUAUUGGUCUCAUUACCUUCCGCCACCGCAUCGCUGAUUUAUUUACCCGUGACCCUGAAGUGGCCGCGUUGAUUGUCCAGCUUUUAUACCCGCUAGUGCCGAUGUUUGAGAUUUUUGACCUGAUUGCCCUGGUGCUGAGUGGCAUUCUCCGGGCACAGGGGGCACAGAAGAUUGGCGGCAUUGUCAACUUCAUGGCGUACUACAUGUUUGGGUUGCCGCUUGCGUUUAUCCUCAGCAAAACCACCGACAUAGGUCUUGAAGGACUCUGGAUCGGGGUGGGGCUGGGGAUGGUGGUUAUCGGGUUGAUUCAGCUGUGGUACAUUGGCCGCAGCGAUUGGGACCAGAUCAUCAUCUGCGCCGAGCUUCUCAACGAGUUUGACGACGACGACGACGAUUAG